AUGAAUGGGUUAAUAAGUGCCUCACCUCCGGGCACCUUGUUUGUGCGGGCGCUUUACGAUUACGAAGCCGACGACCGGACAAGUUUAAGCUUCCAUGAAGGCGAUGUUAUUCAGGUUAUCACGCAGUUGGAGAGUGGAUGGUGGGACGGUGUGAUAAACGGGGUACGCGGAUGGUUUCCCAGCAAUUAUUGUCAAAUCAUCACGAAUCCAGAUGAGAUGCCCGAUCCAGCGCAGAAUGGUGAGCCCUAUCGAGAAGAAUAUGAUGAUGAUUAUGGAGACGAGGCCGAGAAUGAGAUGGAAUCGGACUUGGAUGAAUUGAAUCACUCGUCCUUUGGCGGAGAACGAAAUACAAGCAGCAGGUCUGGAGCAGAUUUCUGGAUCCCACAGGCUACACCUGACGGUAGGCUAUUCUAUUUUAAUACCAUGACAGGUGAAAGCAGUUCGGAGCUGCCUCUCGAGUCACCCACUUCACUAAACGAGAGCGGGCCUCGUGAUAGAAUGCAUGUAAACAUCCCAGAGAAGACGCGACCGCCACCUGAACUAUUGGCACGAGGUCUCGUGGAUGAUGACUCGGAUGCAACUUCAGCGUCCGAACUCGACGGUGAAUCACUACUGAUGAGUUCGAUGAGCUCAAUACCCUCACGACAACGGCGCGCAUUUGCCCACGACAGUAUAGGUAUAUCGCCUUCGCCUUCUAUGGACUCGAUCAAUGGUGCCUCAACGGGGACAAGAUCUCGAGCUGACACUGGAUUGACUAAUACUACAAUCCCAACGUCUGCUGGGCUGGGCCCCGCACCAGUUCUAGGGUCGGCCACAUCCUUCACUGGAACCAGCUACAACUUGCCGCAACCUGCAAAUCUACCCAAUUCCUGCUUUGAUUCUGGCAGUGCGGACCCCUUGACAUGGCCCCUGCUUAUAACAAAUAUGAAGAAAGCUAUUGACAGGUACCGCGAGGCGAUUACAAAUGGCAACCGGUCCGAAUAUGUUAGCCGAGCUGAAGAUAUCUCAGACCAUCUACGAUUACUUCUCGCUGCCGGUUCGGGCACCACAGAUAACCACUCCGGACAGCCUUCCAUCAUUUCCACUAACAAAGCGCUUUACCCUCACUUCCGUGAUAUGAUGUCAAAGUUCUCAAAGCUAGUAAUCUCAUCACAUAUCGCAGCCGCUGACUGGCCAAACGCCGAAUCCGUACAAAAGUGUUUGCAAGAAGCGGAGGGCGUUUUAUUGGGAGUAUUCAGCUUUGUUGAUGUUGCGAGGCAGCAAAGAGGCGAGGCAAUCCCUCGACUCUUUCCCGGUUUCGUCAUCGGAAGCACCGUCGGAGGGAAUUGGCAAAACAAUGCGCUCGGCCCACGUGACCCCUUCAUGUCGAACUACUUGGAAGACGACGAUGGCAUACCUGAGCCCACGAAUGUGCUAGACGGUAAACUUCUAGACCGAUUAGACGAACUCCGUCGAAUGCUAGUCUCAAGUAUUAGAGAGUUGGAGAAAAGCCUCAGUGUUCCGGACAAGAUCGUCACGCCUUACAAACAUGAGCUCAUUGCAAAUAACGUCUGCUCAGCGGGCAGCAAGGUUUUGGAAAUGUUCAAGCCCUGGUUUGCCACAAUCGAGUCAAUUGACCUCUCAUCCUUAGAAAAUAACUUUCGAACACCUCAGUUGGCCGACUUCGCCAUUAACAAGCAGAGCUUAUACGACAAUAUCUCCGAUAUACUCUUGGCUUGCCAAGCUGUCGCUGGACCGUUAGGAGACGAGUGGGCUGAGGUCCGUGGUGAGCCUUUGGACCUCAGAUUAGAGUUUACUCGGCAGUGUGCCAGAGCUUUAGAGACAAAUUCUACGCACGUCACAUUUGCAUUACAACUUCUCUCAGAGCAAGUACAUGCUAGUCUUCAACAGCAGCAAGAACAGCAGAGUGCCCGUCCACGUGACGAUAACGUAAGAGGCACUCUCCACAGAGGCGAAACAAUGCCGUAUAAUGGAACCGCACAUGCUCGGUCCGAAUCUCGCAGUGUAUUAAUGCGACCGCCACUUAUCAGCUCGCAAUCGUUCAGCGAGGGAGAUAAUACUGCACCUAACAACUUCAGGAAGGGUGACUUGUCAAAAGUUAGGAAAAUUUUGGGAGAUGACCCCACCCCUCAGACUGCUAUUCCGCCGGUCGAUGAGCCAUACUUACGCCUUGACUUGGAACACGAUUUGUCGUGGGAUAUGAAGACAUCACCACCCUCGGUGAAAGGCGGUUCCCUGCUGGCGCUGGUAGAACAACUUACUCGUCAUGAUAAGCUUGACUCGAACUUUAACAACACUUUCCUGUUGACCUAUCGAUCCUUCACGACCUCACGAGAGCUUUUUGAACUACUCGUCAAACGUUUCAAUAUCCAGCCUCCAGAGGGUCUAAGCAACAGCGACUAUGAGGCUUGGAGGGAUCGGAAACUAAAGUUUAUCAGAUUCCGUAUCGUCAACAUUUUGAAGAGUUGGUUCGAAAAUUUCUGGAUGGAGGAGCCUAAUGAAGAAUCCAUGCAAAUAAUACGUGAUGUUUACGCAUUCGCGGAACAUACUCUCCCGUCCACGGAAACGCCAGGAGCUAAAGGUCUUAGCAGUGUCUUGGAAGCACAUCUUACGGGCCAAGAAGUCUCCAAGAAGCGUCUGGUACAAACAUUCGCUAACAACAUUCCUACACCGAUCAUGCCCAAGAAUAUGAAGAAACUAAAGUUUUUGGAUAUCGAUGUAACGGAGUUUGCGCGUCAGUUAACUAUCAUCGAGUCGAAGCUAUAUGCGAAGAUUAAGCCGUCAGAGUGUCUUAAUAAGACAUGGCAAAAGAAGGUUGCUGAAGGAGAGCCAGAGCCUGCUCCUAACGUGAAAGCCCUCAUCUUACAUUCGAAUCAAAUGACAAAUUGGGUGGCAGAAAUGAUCUUGUCUCAGAUGGAUGUCAAGAAGCGAGUUGUUGUAAUAAGGCAUUUUGUGUCUGUUGCAGAUAAAUGUCGUGGCAUGAACAACUUUUCGACGCUAACAUCUAUUAUUUCUGCCCUCACAACAGCUCCUAUAGCUCGCCUGAAACGAACGUGGGACCAAGUCCCCGCUCGUACCAACGCAGUAUUAGAGAGUAUGCGGCGACUAAUGGCCAGCACAAAGAACUUUGCCGAAUAUAGAGAGGCUUUGCAUACCACCAACCCUCCAUGUAUUCCAUUCUUCGGUGUGUAUCUUACGGAUCUGACCUUCAUAGAAGACGGCAUUCCUUCGAUACUGAAGAAGACAAAUAUGAUCAAUUUUGCCAAGCGUGCAAAGACGGCCGAAGUGAUUCGUGAUAUCCAACAAUAUCAAAAUGCCCCAUACGCCCUGCAGCCGGUUCCCGAGUUGCACGAUUAUAUUCUAAGCAAUAUGCAAGCUGCAUGCGAUGUGCAUGAGAUGUACGACAAAAGCUUGCAGGUCGAACCUCGUGAACGCGAGGAUGAGAAAAUUGUCAGGUACGUAUCAUCACUCUAG